AUGGCUGAUCCCGUGACCACCCAAACCUCCUCAGCUUUGCCUCCUCCUCCGACCCGUCCACUGGAAUAUGAGGUGUUCCUCAGUUUUCGAGGUUUUGACACUCGAAAAGGUUUUACUGACCAUUUGUACAAGGCUUUGAUUCGGAAUGGAAUCCACACUUUCAGGGAUGAUGAACAACUGAAGAGUGGAAAACCCAUUUCGAAGGAACUCUACAAAGCAAUUGAGGAAUCGAACAUUUCAGUCAUCAUUCUUUCAACAAACUAUGCGACCUCCACAUGGUGUCUGGAUGAACUUGCGAAAAUGGUUGAACUGGCAAACAAUGAGUCCAGAUUGAUUUUGCCCGUGUUCUACAACGUGACGCCAUCCGAAGUACGAGAGCAAACUGGAGAUCAAUUUAAAAAGGCAUUUGCUCAACAUGAUAAAGAUUUCGAAGGUGAGCCAGGAAAGGUGGCAAGGUGGAAGAAGUCUCUCAAUGCAAUAGCCGAACUCGAAGCCGAAGGAUUUGAUCUGACAAAAUUUAGAUACGAGACAGAUAUGAUUGAAAAGAUAGUUGAACGUAUUUUUGGUGCUUUGAUUAAAACAUUCUCAAAUGAUGAUUUAAAGGACUUUGUUGGAAUGGAUCGUGUAAAUGAAAUUAAAUCCAAAAUGAGUUUGUCUAUGGGUAAGGAAGAAGUUCGUGUAAUAGGGAUUUGUGGGAUGGCAGGGAUUGGUAAGAGUACUGUUGCAAAAGCUCUUUGUCAAAGAAUUCGCAGUCAAUUUGAUGCUAUCAGUUUCAUUUCUAAGGUUGGAGAGAUAUCUAAAAAAAAAGACUUAUUUCACAUCAAAAAACAACUUUGUGAUCACUUGUUGGAUAAGAAAGUAACCACAAAGGAUGUCGAUGAUGUGAUACGUACAAGAUUGCGUGACAAACAGGUGCUUAUAAUUCUUGACAACGUGGAUGAAUUAAAACAAAUAGAAGCUGUAGCUGGAAGUGACUGUGGAGGCUUAUCCAAUCGGUUUGGUAAGGGAAGUAGAAUCAUCGUAACCACAACAGAUGAAAGGUUGUUGAUAGAUUAUAAGCACCGAGAAAUAUACACAAUUGAGAAACUUACUCCGGAUCAAGCUCUUCUUCUCUUCUGUCGGAAAGCCCUCGAAACAGACCAUCCCACUGAUGCUUUUAAGAAGUUGUCUAACGAAUUUGUCGAUUACAUUGAUGGUCAUCCAUUGGCUCUUGAAGUUUUCGGUCGCUCCUUACGGGACAGAAAAGAAGACUAUUGGUCUACUAAAUUGAAGUCUUUAAAAGAUAAUAACUACUCUGGUGAGGAGAAAAUUAUUGGUGUUCUUAAAGCAAGUUUUGACGGAUUAGAGAAUCAAGAACAGAAGGACAUGUUUUUGGACACUGCAUGUUUCUUCAAAGGCGAGGAUGUAUGUCGUCUAGAAAAGAUAUUUGAAAGUUGUGGUUACUAUCCAAGCAUCAAUAUGGACAUCCUCUGGGACAAAACUGUUGAAGGUAUUUUCCUAAGCUCGCCUCAGCCAGACAAAGUACACUUGAAGAAAGAUCAAUUCUCAAACAUGGACAAUCUAAGAUUGUUGAAGAUUUACAAUGUGGAAUUUUCUGGAUGUCUUGAAUAUCUUUCAGAUGAGUUAAGCUUAUUGGAAUGGCACAAAUGUCCUUUAAAAUCUCUGCCUUCAAGUUUCGAACCCGACAAACUUGUUGAACUGAACUUGUCUGAAAGCGAAAUAGAGGAAUUAUGGGAGGAAAUUGAGAGACCCUUGGAAAAGCUGGCGGUAUUAAACCUUAGUGAUUGUCAAAAGUUGAUCAAGACCCCUGACUUCGACAAAGUCCCAAACCUUGAGCAGCUAAUCCUUAAAGAGAUUGGGAAGGACAUGAAACAAUUAAGGAAGCUUCAUUUAGAUGGGACAGCAAUAGAAGAGCUACCAACAUCAAUCAAGCAUUUGACUGGCCUUAUUCUGCUCAAUCUUAGAGACUGCAAGAACCUUUUGAGUCUGCCAGACGUCAUUGGCACUAGUUUGACAUCACUUCAAAUACUCAACGUCUCAGGUUGUUCCAAUCUUAAUGAGUUACCAGAAAAUUUAGGGAGUUUAGAAUGUCUACAGGAGCUCUAUGCAAGCAGAACAGCUAUACAAGAGCUACCAACAUCAAUCAAGCAUUUGACUGACCUUACUCUGCUCAAUCUCAGAGAAUGCAAGAACCUUUUGACUCUGCCAGAUGUCAUUUGUACUAAUUUGACAUCACUUCAAAUUCUCAACCUCUCAGGAUGUUCGAAUCUUAAUGAGUUACCAGAGAACUUGGGCAGUUUAGAAUGUUUACAGGAGCUUUAUGCUAGCGGGACUGCUAUAAGCCAAGUACCUGAAAGCAUCUCUCAGCUGUCUCAGCUUGAAGAACUUGUUUUGGAUGGUUGUAGCAUGCUUCAAUCAUUGCCACGACUUCCAUUUAGUAUAAGAGCUGUAAGUGUACAUAAUUGUCCUCUCCUGCAGGGAGCACAUUCAAAUAAAAUAACGGUGUGGCCUUCAGCUGCUGCCGGAUUCAGUUUUCUAAAUCGCCAAAGACACGACGACAUAGCUCAGGCGUUUUGGUUACCUGAUAAACAUCUAUUGUGGCCAUUCUAUCAAACAUUCUUUGAGGGUGCCAUUCGGCGUGAUGAAAGGUUUGAAUAUGGUUAUCGAUCGAAUGAAAUUCCAGCAUGGUUGAGCCGUCGGAGUACUGAAUCCACCAUAACAAUCCCGCUGCCUCGUGAUGUAGAUGGUAAGAGUAAAUGGAUAAAACUUGCUCUGUGCUUUAUUUGUGAAGCAGCUCAGAAGCAUGAUAGUUUGGAAGAUGUACCAGAAUUUGAUGAGGAAUUGGGGUUAAAAUUCACUCGCAAUCACCGUAUUGAACUCUGUACAACUGAAGAUCCUCAUGAACGUCUCCUUGCGCUUGAUUACCGUGAUUGCAAUUUCGCUGGACCAUUUAUACAUUGGUAUUUUAUACCACAGAGUGACCUUGCAGAAAGUUCGAAUAAACGCUUGAUCCAAGCUACAAUUACACCUGAUAGCACAGGGACAAGGGUUACAGGGUGCGGGGUGAGUCUCAUAUACUUGGAAGAUGUGCCCAAAUUCGUCCAGAAAUUGAAUAAACACUAUAGUUAUUGCUAUCACGGCUAUCAGCCUGAACAAGAAGAAGAUGGUAUGAGAAGUAUUCCGUCGAUAAGUGGGGUUCAAACUGAACAAGAAGAAGUACAGGAACAAGAAAUUACUACUUCAACCCGGAUUGUGGGUCAAUUGAGAAGAAACGUGGAGUCAUUGCUUAAAAAACUAUUCGAGGGAUUACAGCGGGGCCUUCCGAAUCUCUAUGAUUAUGGUUUUAUUUUUUGUCUACGAGAAAGAUUACCGUGGUUUAGUGAACAAAGCAGUACGUCUGCAUGCACAGUAAACUUACGUCUUCCUCCAAAUCUGCACAACAAUGAGAAAUGGGCAGGACUUUCUCUCUACGUUGUAUGUGCUCUGCCUCCAGGUCUUCCGCUUUUUCGCACUUUCUAUGAGUGUCACUUGUAUACACCUAUUGAGGUUGUGGGCCAUGAGCAACUGAUGCAUCGCCUAAUGUUAUCUUCCGUCUGGGAUGACAAUGUGGGGUCACAUCGACUCCUCAUUAUUCAUAUACCACGAGUACGCUUUCCGGAACGUCUUAAUCGCUGUCAUUUCAUUCAGGCUUUAUUUGGAUGUAGAACUCCAGGUGUGGAGGUUGAAAUGUGUGGGAUGCGUCUAGUAUACAACCAAGAUUUGAAAGGGUUGAUCCGAACAAUCGUCCAUUGCACCAAUGAUCGGCCUGCUUACUACGGAACUGGUGAUUUUACAGAUACCAAGAAAUAUAAGGGAAUUAGUUUGGGAGCUACAAGUUUGCUAACGAAUCUGGUUGAAGCAGCCAAAACCAGCGAGCACAGCUCUGUCAGCGAAGUUUGUCCUCCUUUCAUGCCUUUCGAUUUCCGUCCAGAAACUUAUUCUGCUGAGGACUCUCAACAUGGAAGAAAAACAAUACCAUUUCCUCCAUUACAGGACUUUCGCCGUUCCUUUGGUCCUACCAACAACAUGAGCUCAGAUCAGAAUCAGCUCCUGGUCUUUGAACGUGACUCAAAAUAUAAUUCUUGUUACCUUCCAAAUCAGAUUGUAGAGUGGUUCGGGCAUCAAAGCAGUGGCCCCUCUGUAAAAAUCCCUCUACCACCAAAUCUAUAUGAAGACACAAACUGGAUAGGACUAGCUUUAUGUGCAUACUUUUCAGUCCUCGACCGCUCAACUACCGACCUUGACAAUUUGAAUCCAGAAAUUUCUCACCACCUAAUAUGUCACUUGGAGUCGGACAGAGGUACAAUAGAACCUAUCCAUGACUAUUGCACCACCAACGAAGAAUUCCAAUGGUUGCCUUUUGGAGGAUUCAUUUGGGUAUCCUAUAUACCACGAGCGUGGUUUUCAGAUCAGUUGAAUGAAUGUGAUGUCCUGGAGGCUUCAUUUGCUAGCGAUCACGAAGCAUUUACUGUGCACGAGUGUGGGCUACGUCUUGUAUAUCAGCAUGAAGAGGAAGAGAUUAAGCAGACCAUAUUGCACUAUAUGACGUCGUUGUCAGAUAAGAAAGGAAAAAAUUGA